CCCCACAUGCCCUGGAUGGACUGCAUCACAACACAGCGAGUGGCGCUGGCCCCUCGCGUCCUGUCCUCUGCCAGACAGAGGUGCUCCAUGGUGCUCUCCCCAUACGGAGGCAAAGCCUGGGCAGGCCAGGGCCUGGGCCUCUUCCUGCCUUCCCUCGCAGGAGCCUUGCUUCAGGACCUAGAGAAGGAUGAAGAUGGCCUAAGUGAGAAGGAAUGUGUGCGUGAGAAGUUGAGCCUGGUCCAUGGCUUCUUGCAGGCAGAUGUGCAGAACCAGCUGCAUGACCUUGAGACCCAACUGCUCCAAAAGGAGCUCUCGGAGGAGGGCUACCUGGCCCUGGUGAAGGCCGUGCUGCGCCAGGAGCUUUCAGUAGGGAAUGGGGACACUGCAGUGCUCGGCCAGAAGUCCAAUGGGUGCUCGGAGAACGGCACCUAUGGCAGUGAUGAGGACUCCGAGCGGGCUGGCCCUGAGGGGGAGGAGGACAGUGCCAUGGAGCUGGAGGAAGCCACAGCUCCCUCCUCUUCCUCCUUCUCCUUGGGGCCUGCAGCAAAGGCUCGCAAGGCACGGAGGAGCAAAUCCAACGGCGAGAGCAAAAAGUCCCCCGGCAGUGCCAGGGUCACACGGAGCUCUGGCCGGCAGCCCACCAUCCUGGCCAUGUUUGCCAAAGGAUCGAACAAGCGCAAGUCAGAUGAGGUGAAUGGAGAAGUGAAGCAGGAGAUGAGCACAGAGCAGGAGGAGGAAGAGGAGCCAGAUGAAAAGGAGCAGGAUGAAAAAAGAGUUAAAAUUGAAACCAAAGAAGGGUCUGAGAUAAAAGAUGAAGUGACUCAGGUUAAAACACUGCCGCCCGCUAGAACCACACCCCCCAAGUGUGUCGACUGCCGGCAGUAUCUAGAUGACCCCGAUCUCAAGUUCUUCCAGGGGGAUCCCGCUGAUGCACUGGAGGAGCCAGAGAUGCUGACGGAUGAGCGCUUGUCCAUCUUCGACGCCAACGAGGACGGGUUUGAAAGUUAUGAGGACCUGCCCCAGCACAAAGUCACCUCCUUCAGUGUCUAUGAUAAGAAAGGGCAUUUGUGCCCGUUCGACACGGGGUUGAUUGAGCGCAACAUCGAGCUGUAUUUCAGUGGCGUUGUGAAGCCCAUCUAUGACGACAACCCCUGCCUGGAUGGUGGCGUGAGAGCCAAGAAGCUGGGCCCCAUCAACGCCUGGUGGAUCACGGGCUUCGAUGGAGGAGAGAAGGCUUUGAUCGGCUUCACAACAGCCUUUGCAGACUACAUCCUGAUGGAGCCCAGUGAGGAGUAUGCACCCACCUUUGCCCUGAUGCAGGAGAAGAUCUACAUGAGCAAGAUCGUGGUGGAGUUCCUGCAGAACAACCCUGACGUCAGUUAUGAGGACCUGCUCAACAAGAUCGAGACGACGGUGCCCCCAGCUGGGCUGAAUUUCAACCGCUUCACGGAGGACUCGCUGCUGCGGCACGCGCAGUUUGUGGUGGAGCAGGUGGAAAGCUACGAUGAGGCAGGGGACAGUGACGAGCCGCCUGUCCUUAUCACGCCCUGUAUGCGAGACCUUAUCAAGCUGGCUGGGGUCACGCUGGGGAAGAGGCGGGCUGCACGGAGGCAGGCCAUCCGGCAUCCCACCAAGAUUGACAAAGACAAGGGUCCUACCAAGGCCACCACCACCAAGCUGGUCUACCUCAUCUUCGACACCUUCUUCUCGGAGCAGAUUGAGAAGAACGAGAAGGAGGAUGACAAGGAGAACGCCAUGAAGCGCCGGCGCUGCGGCGUCUGUGAGGUUUGCCAGCAGCCGGAGUGUGGGAAGUGCAAGGCCUGCCAGAACAUGGUGAAAUUUGGUGGCAGUGGGCGGAGCAAGCAGGCCUGCCUGCAGCGGAGGUGCCCCAACCUGGCUGUGCGGGAGGCCGAUGAAGACGAAGAGGUGGACGACAACAUACCUGAGAUGCCAUCACCUAAGAAGAUGCUGCAGGGCAGGAAGAAGAAGCAAAACAAGAGCCGCAUCUCCUGGGUGGGGGAGCCCAUCAAGAGUGAUGCCAAGAAGGACUAUUACCAGAAGGUGUGCAUUGACUCGGAGACCCUGGAGGUGGGCGACUGCGUCUCCGUGAGCCCUGACGACCCCACCAAGCCCCUGUACCUUGCCAGGGUGACGGCACUGUGGGAGGACAGCAGUGGGCAGAUGUUCCAUGCCCACUGGUUCUGUCGAGGCAGUGAUACCGUACUGGGGGCGACCUCGGACCCGCUGGAGCUCUUCCUAGUAGACGAGUGUGAGGACAUGCAGCUCUCCUACAUCCAUGGCAAAGUGAACGUCAUCUACAAGCAACCCUCGGAAAACUGGGCCAGGGAGGGGGGGCUGGACGUGGAGAUCAAGAUGGUGGAAGAUGACGGCAGAACCUACUUCUACCAGAUGUGGUACGACCAGGAGUACUCGCGGUUUGAGUCCCCGCCCAAGACCCAGCCCUCUGAAGACAACAAGUACAAAUUCUGCAUGAGCUGCACACGGCUGGACGAGGUACGUCAAAAGGAGAUCCCCCGGACAGCUGAGCCCCAGGAGGAGCUGGAUGGGAAGAUGUUCUAUGGUGUAGCCAGCAAGAAUGGUGUACAAUACCGUGUGGGCGAUGGCAUCUACCUGUUGCCUGAUGCCUUCUCCUUCAGCAUGAAGCCGGCCAGCCCAGCCAAGCGCUCCAAGAAAGAGGCAGUGGAUGAGGAGCUAUACCCAGAGCAUUACCGCAAGUACUCAGAAUACAUCAAGGGCAGCAACCAGGACGCGCCCGACCCCUUCCGUGUGGGCCGCAUCAAGGAGAUCUUCUGUCACAUGCGAAGCAAUGGCAAGCCCAAUGAAGCAGAUAUCAAGCUGCGCCUCUACAAGUUCUACAGGCCCGAAAACACCCACAAGUCCAUGAAGGCCAGCUACCACUCGGACAUUAAUCUGCUGUACUGGAGUGAUGAGGAAGCCACAGUGGAUUUCCGGGCGGUGCAGGGGCGCUGCACCGUGGUAUAUGGGGAGGACCUGACUGAGAGCAUCCAGGACUACUCGGCCAAUGGCCUUGACCGCUUUUACUUUCUGGAGGCUUACAACGCGAAGACCAAGAGCUUUGAGGACCCCCCCAACCACGCCCGCAGCUCCGGGAACAAGGGCAAGGGCAAAGGGAAAGGCAAAGGUAAAGGCAAAGGCAAGUCACCGUCAGCCUCAGAGCAGAAUGAGCAGGAGCCAGCUGAGGCAAAGCUGCCCAAGCUGCGCACCCUUGAUGUCUUCUCUGGUUGUGGGGGCCUCUCUGAGGGCUUCCACCAAGCGGGAGUCUCGGAGACACUGUGGGCCAUUGAGAUGUGGGAGCCAGCAGCCCAGGCCUUCCGCCUGAACAAUCCGGGCAGCACAGUAUUCACGGAGGACUGCAAUGUGUUGCUGAAGCUGGUGAUGGCCGGCGAGAAGACCAACACUCUGGGCCAGAAGCUGCCACAGAAAGGCGAUGUGGAGCUACUGUGCGGUGGCCCCCCCUGCCAGGGCUUCAGCGGCAUGAACCGCUUCAACUCCCGCACCUACUCCAAGUUCAAGAAUUCCCUUGUUGUCUCCUUCCUCAGCUACUGUGACUACUUCCGGCCCCGCUUCUUCCUGCUGGAGAACGUGCGCAACUUUGUUUCCUUCAAGCGCUCCAUGGUGCUCAAGCUCACGCUACGCUGCCUCGUGCGCAUGGGCUACCAGUGCACCUUCGGCGUGCUGCAGGCCGGCCAGUAUGGUGUGGCCCAGACGCGCCGGAGAGCCAUUGUCUUGGCUGCGGCCCCCGGAGAGAAGCUGCCUAUGUUCCCUGAGCCACUGCAUGUGUUUGCGCCCCGUGCCUGCCAGCUCAGUGUUGUGGUGGAUGACAAGAAGUUUGUGAGCAAUAUCACCAGGACGUACUCUGGCCCCUUCCGCACCAUCACGGUCCGGGACACCAUGUCUGACCUGCCCGAGAUCAGGAACGGGGCCUCAGCACUAGAGAUCUCAUACAAUGGGGAGCCCCAGUCCUGGUUCCAGCGGCAGAUCCGGGGCUCUCAAUAUCAGCCCAUCCUCAGGGACCACAUCUGCAAGGACAUGAGUGCACUGGUAGCGGCUCGAAUGAGGCAUAUCCCCCUGGCACCUGGCUCAGACUGGCGUGACCUGCCCAACAUCGAGGUACGGCUGUCGGACGGCACCAGCACCCGCAAGCUGCGCUACACGCACCACGAGAAGAAGAAUGGGCGCAGCAGCACUGGCGCACUGCGGGGUGUCUGCUCCUGUGCCGAAGGGAAGCCUUGUGACUCUGCGGACCGGCAGUUCAACACGCUUAUCCCUUGGUGUCUGCCCCACACGGGCAACAGGCACAAUCACUGGGCCGGGCUGUAUGGGCGCCUUGAGUGGGAUGGCUUCUUCAGCACCACGGUCACCAACCCCGAACCCAUGGGCAAACAGGGCCGUGUGCUACACCCUGAGCAGCACCGCGUGGUGAGCGUGCGGGAGUGUGCACGGUCCCAGGGCUUUCCUGACACCUACAGACUGUUCGGGAACAUCCUUGACAAGCACAGACAGGUUGGUAAUGCAGUGCCUCCACCACUAGCCAAGGCCAUCGGACUGGAGAUCAAGAUGUGCCGGUUGGCCAAGAUGAAAGAGGAAGCCAUGGAGAGCAGCAAAGUGGAGAAGAUGGAAAUUGCGGACUGACACGUUGCCCUCCCAUCUCCUUCUCCAGCUCCAGGACUCCCAAACAUGCACUGAUUUUUGUUUCGUUUUGUUCUGUUCCUUGUUUUGGUCCGACAUGCUGAGUCUGUUGUUCAGCUGUACCCGUGAGCAGUGUUCGUCUCCCCGGCCAAGCUCAAGGGCUGUCUGUGACGGUUGCAUUCUCAACUAAUCAUUUUAG